UUGGCUUUGUUAGUCUCUUUCUCAAUAAUCUCAAAAGAAAUGGACGAUCUUGCUCUUAUCUUUUCUCAUCAUAAGACUACCACCACUUCAAGAAAACGACUUCACGAAGAUGAUGAAAAGGCAGAUGCUAAUUUGGCUUGCUUAAUUUCAUCCAGCAACUCACAACAAUAUUCAGCCAUAUCCAAUAUUAACCAUCAGAAUAAUUUCGAAACUUUCUUAAUCCCAAAGGCUGAGCCAAAUACUAUAAGUUUCUCACAGAUUAAUGAGAAUAUUAAUAUUGGUGCACAAUUUGGAGGAAGAAGGACCGGAGAGCAAGCACAAGAACAUUUGUUAGCUGAAAGAAAAAGACGACGAAAGAUAACUAAGUUAUUCGUCUCUUUGGCCUCUCUCCUUCCUGGCCUCAACAAGAUGGACAAGGCAUCAAUUCUUGAAGGAGCAACCACUCUCAUUACACAACUUCGUGAAAGGGCAGAAACAAUGCAACAUCAUCAUUUGGAGGCCAAAACAAACAAUGAGAAAAAAGAAACUCCUCCGGUGAAGGCACGAAAUUAUGAACAUGAAUCUUCCAUUGACAUGAUGAGUACUUUCCCAGAAGUUGAAGUAAGAAGUAUAGAAGAUGAGUUGCUGAUUACAAUAUACUGCAAAAAGCAACAAACUGCAGGAAAUAUAGAUGAAAUAUUAAGUGUGAUUCACAAGCUUCAUCUGACUAUCAAGAGCAGCAAUUUCAUUCCAUUUGGCAGCACAGCAAUGCAUAUUACAGUUGUUGCUCAGAUGAAUAACGAGUUCUGUGAGACAACAACAAAUUAUCUAGCGGAUAGAUUACGACAAUCAAUACUCAAAAUGUGAAAGUUGUUCAAGGCAAGCUAGCCAUGAACUGUAAUAUAGAAAUUGUAGUAAUCAAUGUGAAUAUUAAUAAUUGAAUAGUUUGCGUUU